AUGGAUAAUUAACAAGCAAUUGUUGAUCAUUUGUCAGCAUUGCAUCUUGUCCAACCAUAGAUAUAUAUAGAUAGCUAGCUACCUACAAGGAAGCCUACUCGAGCUCAAUCCAUCAGCUGUAGAACAUUAUCCAACCUUCUCAAGUCCACAAACAAAAGACACCUAGUGAUGGCGGAGGAACUUUACGAGGAGCUACCAGGUGAAGCCAUAGAGGAGGAUCUGUACGAGGAUCUCCCGGACAGUGCCUAUCAAGCAGCCAAUCAGUACCCGUUUCCCACUCCUGUUUCCCCCUCGUACAACACUGGAGGUGCCCCGCCCCCACUUCCGAGUAGUGCCCCACCCCCACUUCCGAGUAGUGCCCCACCCCCACAUCCGAGUGGUGCCCCACCCCCUUUGCCCACAGGGCCCAUACCACAACACAGGCCUGGUGGUUUGUCUCCUCCGGCCCAUCAAUCGUCAGCUCCUCCCCUCCCCACACGCUCGGCCACCACCGUCGUCACGACGGUACAGACCCCACCCCCCAAAAAACAAGACAAGGCGAAAACUGCGACCAAAAAGAAAGCUGCCCCUCCCCCAAAGAGCGCCAAAGGAGGUGGUGGUGGGGGUGGCCUCAAUAUGCAGGAGAUCUUGAAGAAGGCACGCACAGGGGAUCGGUCUCUUGCUUUAGAGCAGCUCGAGAACAAGAAUAGAGCCAAAUCGGACGAAGAUAAUGUCGCUCCUUGGGCGAAUCAGCUUCGAAAGAAUAGUACCCUACCAAGGAAGAAAGAUGAAGAUAACGGUGCCCCAUGGACUAAGAGAGUUUCUCAAGUUGAAAUGGAGCCUCCAAUUGUGGAAGAUGAUACUCCUGAGUUUCUUAAGAAAGUGAGGAGUUUUUCACGACACGACCGGCAAGACAUCGACGUAAAGAGUCCCCCAUCACCUGAGCCAAGUCGUAAACCUCCCCUUGCCUCAAAACCACCUCCCUCUCCGAAGCCGGGGAUAAAACCUGUGAAACCUCCCCCAGUGGCCAAGCCUCGAAGCGUUCCCCAACCAGAGGGAUUCCUUCCCAAGACUCCCAAAAAUUCUGAUACAAGUGACAAACCUGACUGGUUGAAACAGAGAGAGCGACAAGUAAAUUUCGCAACUGGAAAGGAAGAUGAAAAUCGUCCUCCACCUCCUGCUGCUAAACCACAACCCAUCACUCCUAAUGAAAUCAACCGAGGACCAUCAUUCAAAAAGCCGCCUCCGAAGCCAGCACCACGGAAACCCAGUGAAGUCCCUCCCCCCAUUGUUUUGAACCCUGCACCUAUUGAGCCAAUUGCACAGGAGUCUCCCCCUUCGACGCCCAGUGUGCGGGAGCGUGCAAGGACCAUGGAACGUGGUGCCAAGCAGCGUGUACCAACACCUCCUGAGUCACCAGUACCAUUUGUACCCCCUCGAGAAAACAUGCCUCCUCCUAUUCCACCAAGUCCUAGUAUGCCAUCGAAACCGAAACCAGGGUUUAAAUCACAAGUACCCUCUCCCGAGGAAUCGUCACAUACUGUGCAGAAACAAUCCACUCCAUUCCCACCCCCUCCAGUUUCAGCUCCUCCCCCUUCCUUUCCGCCACCAUCGGGUUCGUCUACUACACCCCCACUACCAGAUCGACCUCCUCCUACCUCGCGUCCCCCACCACCUCCAUCAGGGCCACCAAUCACACCCCCUCUACCGGAUCGCCCCCCUCCGAGCACCCGGCCACCUCCCCCCAACUUUUCGAUGCCAUCUAUUCCUCCCAAGGGACCCAUCCCCCAUCCGCAGACAAUGGGAGUGCCUACGCCCCCUACUGGUGAGGUAUACCGGCGUCGUCCACUACGUGCGGUUGAUGCCUUCUCCCCUCCACCAAUACCUCCCGUCAACACCAAGCCACCACAGUAUCUAGACGGCUACAAUGGUGAGCUGGGUGAUGAUGAUGAGAUCUAUGAUGAUACUACGUGUGUCAAUGAUGACUUCCAACAAAAUGGCGUGUCUGAUGGUGAGGAGCUGUACGAUGAUGUCGGUCAGUUCGGUGCACCUCCAGCCACUCCCUCUCUACCCCUCCCUCCAACCACACCACCUCCUGGUCCCCCUUCGGAUGUUCCCCCUCCUCUGCCGGCGAGCCUCCCACCUUCUGGUCGACCCUCACUGGCCACGCUCUCCCCCUCAACCCGGCCCUCUAUCACCACCCUCUCUACAGAGGAUCCGCUAGCCAAUGGAGUCACCUCGCCCUCUUUGAAUGGAGAGUUCAUCGAACCCGAUGAUGACCAAGAGACGUACGAGGACUUGGAGUCAGCUGCUGAGGCCUACACCACUGCUCAGUCUCUCCUAUCCCCAGCUCCGCCCACUUCAUCCGGUCUGGCUCCACCCUCUCCACAACACUCCGUCGCCUCGACAGGGGAUUCCCCCACACUAGGCAGAAAGAGCAAGCUGACGAGAGAGGAGAAGAAGCAGCAAAAGGAGGAUGAAAAGAAGGAGAAAGAGAGGAAGCGGUUAGAAAAGGAGAGAGAAAAGGAACGCAAGAAGAGAGACGAAGCUCGAUCCAAGAAUAAACUCAAGGGUCUCAAGCAGUACAAGCAAUACGAAUUGACGCCUGAAGUGGAGCCACUGUUUGCUGUGGAGGUGCUUCUGGAGCACGCAAAGACAAAGGACCAUCUUAACUUCACUCAGGGCGAGGUUGCUAGGGUGCUACUGUUGCACCAUCCCAAACUGCCAGCAGACAAGUACCUUAUUGAGAAGGAGGACGGCACCAUUGGCUACCUAAAGAAGAACAUCUCGCAAAGGACUGCCUACCAGAGCGCUGCCAGUGUGUUGGACCUGCCCCCUCAAUCGGCAGUCUCGGCAUUCCAGGAUGAUGAGGACAUCUACGAGAGUCUGCCAGGAGAGGAGGGUUUACCUGGAGAUGGUGAAUACCCUGACGCUUUGCAGGGAAAUCCCGGUCUGCCCCCUCCCAACCCAACACGUUUCCCACCACCCUCCCAACCAGCCCCACCCCCUCCAUCAGCCCCAGAUGGACCUGAAGAUAACUAUGAGUACCUGCCUGAACCUCAACUCGCCAACUAACUCUUGUGUCACUGACUGUAUUGUGUUUUUAGUGCACUAUUAUUUCCAUAGGUCGAACCAAACUGUUGUAGUAGAAUGCGUGUUAGUGUGUACGUGUGAGUGAAUGCAAUGUAUACUGUUUGA